CAGGUAAGGAUGUACUUUUUACACAACAACAUUUGAUCAAAAAUGACAGAUUGCGUCCAUAUCCAACUGUACAAAGACCUGAAAGAACGGCAGAAGAACGGGCAGACCAAGGCCUCGCUCUCUCUGCAGCAGUACCUCGGCUUCGAGUCCGGGUUCACGCUGGACAAGGAGUCCAACACCCUUGCCAUCCUGUGCGAGGACGUGGUGCCUGUGCUGGCCUUCGACACCAGGGAGAUCCUGAUACAGUGGAGGGUGAAGGUGCAGCACAACCUAGGCAGUAGCAAGGAGUUCGCGGCCGUCAUCAUCUCUUCGCCCAGCACCAACAGCGUGAAGCAGGGACCUGUGAGACUUCAUGCGUGCGGCCCGCGGCUGGCGCUGUGCGCUCACCGCCCGCCUGAGGUGCUGGCGCUGUGGGACGUCAAGCUGCUGAGACGCUACGGCGUGGUCGACAAACGCUUCUGCGUGGAGGGGGGGUCUCGCUGCGGCAAGGGGGAGGGGCUGUUCGUGUUCGCGGCGGAGGGGGGGAGGGAGCUGACGGACCUCCUCAACGCGUACAGCCACGACGCGCAGUCCAGGCUUAGCAUCGCUUCUAGGAGUGGUUCUGUCCUAGAGAAGCGCUUCUCCGACACCAGCUCCUGCAUGGACGACUGCUUCCACCCGUCGCUGCGGUCUGUGUCUCCGUCCUGGGCGGCGCCAGCCAGCCAGACCAUGCACUGCCUGUCCGACCUCGACACCAGCCUGGACAGCGAAGACAAGUUCCGACGGCCCACGUCACUGCCCAGGUGCUCCAGUUGCAUUGGCAAGAUCAGUCACUUGACUAGGUCCUCCACAAUGGGCACACCAGGUUCAAUCAUGUCCCCAGUGUGGACCAUGGAGAACAUUAUGGAGAAGCGUUCGGACUCCGACCGCGCGUCCAUCUACUCCAGAUCAAGCGGGUCUGCCUCCGAGUACAGUGUACCGCGGAAUGCAUGCCUCCUCGACAAGAGCUUCGAAUCGAAACGCGGCAGCCCAGUGGCCUGCUGCACGCCAACUGUACCAGCCAAGACCGGCAACGGCUGCCAGUGCUGGCAGCAGCCGAAGCCUUGCUGCUGUAGGAAGAAGUCCUUCAGUGGACCCUACGAGAAUUAUGACGUGCCAAAGACGCCGAUGCCUUUAAUACAAGAGCACCCAAUAGAUGGCAACUCAGACCCAUCAAACUUAUACGACACACCAAAGAAACUUAAAUGUCUCAUCAACGGCCAGUCCUGCACCUGCGUUCAGAACCAAACCGAUGCCAAAAAAGAAACUGACCAGCCUAUGGACAACAACAACCAAUGUGAUACUAGUGUUAAUAAUAAUGAAGUAUCCACGGCAGAGGCACUGUCCAAUUACGUUAACGUAACCCCAGUUACCAAAAAACCUGAUAUAAGAAUCGAGUAUAAUAACUACGCGAACCUAGACCUUACAGCCACUUUAGAGAAGUUCGAAAGUUCCUUGCAGAUCCUUCGAAGCGCUGGGUUUAGUCAAGAGGACUUGGAUGCAUUGGAAGACAUCCCUGAACAUGACGAUGACAUUUCCACGGCUACAACGAACACUGUGCACCCUUCAACGGACUGUUGCAACGAUCACCUAAAUUAUAUGCACAUGGAGCCUCUAGAAAUCAGUAUUUCAAGUAAUAGCAACAAAAACUGUUCAGAUAACAUAAGCAGGAUCAGCCAUGUAUCAGAUCCUACUCAGCACUCGGAUACAGUCAGCACCAUCAGCACCAGGAGAUCUAGUUCGGCAGAUUUCACUAAGAGACACGAUGAUGACUACCUGAACAAUCAGAUUUGUUUUACGCCUACUGUGCUUAGAAAAGCGACGAAGAAUGAGAGGAUAAACGAAGGUAUCCCUGUAGGGAAUAAAUCAGAAUUUGAAGACAAAGACAAAACCUUCAAAGUUCCCGAAUUGAAAAGUGAGAACGUAUUUGUGGCUCGGUUCAGAGAUGCAGUCAAGAUCCGACGUUCGUCAAGUGUUCCGAGUAAAUCCGAUAAAAAUAGGGAUUCUUCCAGUUCCAAUGAUUCUGGAGUUUCGACAGGGUCUUUGAAGCAUCACAAGGGAGACUUCAAGGAGUUCGAAAUGCCCGUGACUAAUUCCAAAUCCAUGAAGAAACAUAUCAAGUGCAACAAGCAAAAUAUGAGGAAAUCUUUGACGCCAGUACAUUCGGCCUUUGUGAAGUCAAAUUCGUCAGACCCUCUGAAGAAUCUGACGUUUCAUUUCGAAGAAGUCUCGGCGCUGACUAAGUCGAAUUCGUGUGACGUCGAUACUCUUACAAUGCGGAAGAGGAAAACUAUAGACCCUGACAUCACAGCGCGCCUGAGCCAGCUGACCAACAAGAGCACCUCAAGCGGCGCCUCAGACACCUCCGACUACAUGGAGUCUCUCUCGGUGUCUUCCUUCAGCUCCUGUGACGUAUCAGCAGACCGGCACUUGACGCGGCCUCGCUCUGGAAAAGAAUACGCCAGUAUAGACAGAGCUGCGUUGGCUAGUGUGUGUGAUACUAAUGCUUAACGGCAUGUAGGUCAUUUUUAACUGGCCACGAUAAAGCUGCAUUGGCUACUGUAUCACACUAAUGUUAAAAGACCAUAUAGGUUAUUUCCAAUGGUUGCACGAAACUGGCCAGGUUACAUCUGAUUAGGCUAGCGUGUGUGAUACUAAUGCCUAGACUAUAAGCGUAGGUCUUUUUUCCAAUGGUUUCAUCGAACUAACCAGGUCAGAGCUGUAUUAGAGCUCUAAUAAAGCUUAAAGCCAUAAAGGUCAUUUUACAAUAAUUGACCCAUCGUGGCAGGUUACAGCUGCAUUGGCUAGAGUGUGAUAGCUACUAAUGCUUAGGAGCAUACAGUUCAUUUUCCAAUUGUUGCACUAAACUAGCCAGGUCAGCUGCAUUAUAGCUCUAAUAAAGCUUAAAGUCAUAAAGGUCAUUUUACAAUGGUUGACCCAACGGGGCAGGUUACAGCUGCAUUGACUAGAGUGUGUGAUACUAAUGCUUAGAAGCAUAAAGGUCACUUUCCAAUGGUUGCAUUUAUGGUACUAACAUGAACAGAUCAGAACUGUUGGCUAGUUAGCGUAUUACAUCAAUAAAGUUAUGAAGGUCACUUUCCAAUGGUAGCAUUUAUGGAUCAGAGCUGGUUAAUGUGUAAAACCAAUCCUUAAAGUGAUAUAGGUCAUUUUCCAAUGGUUUCACCAAUCUAGCCAGAUUUAAAGUUGCAAUAAGAGCUCUAACUAAGCUUAAAGUUUGCAAUGGUUGCAUUUAUGUCACCAACAUAGUUCAGAGUCAAAACUUAAAACAGACGUUAUACACCGCUUUUAAAUUUGGUUUUUGGAAGCAACUUAAUUUGAAAAUUAAAACCAUUAGAAUUAGAAACGUUUUUAUUUUAAUUUUCGAUACCAAUCGAAGUCCUAAUGGACUACAGUGUAUAUAAAAUGUACAUAACUUAAAGUACAUGCAAAACACAACGUUGUUCCUAUGUACAUAGUAUGUAAAAGACUAAAAUUGUAACGAGUAGGUACUUUAGUUUAGUUGUUUUCGAAUUUAGUUAUGUAGUAGUGUGCCAAAAAUAUUAUAGCUGGCUAUAUGAUACUGGGUUUUGGGUAUAUAGAAAGUAAAUUUUGUAAAAUAAUAUUACUAUGUAAGUGGUUUUAUUGUAUUCAUUUAUUCGUGCAAAAUAUGUUAUUUAAGUUAGACAUGAGUAAAAUUAAAAGGAAUUGUAAGUAAAGGACCACAAUUUCAUUAAAUGAAUGUUUUGUUUAUUGUAACAAAUGAAUUUACAUUUAUUUAUGGAUUGUAAUUGUAACUUCGUUGGGUGUUUGUAAAAUUACAAUAUGCAAUACAUAACAUAUUUUUGUAGGUUUAAGAUUACAAUGUACUUCAUUUAGAGGUUGAUAUAGGUACUUAAAUUAUUUGUGCCUUUCAUUUACUCGUUCCUUACAUUUUCACGCGUAUUAUUGUAUUAUACUACUGUGAAUAGUUAAUGGAUCGAAUAAAAUAAACAAACCCGCCAAAAUGCAUAUAUUUUAUAUGUAACUGUACAGAUGUAACAAAUACCAUUCAAACGCCUAUUUGCAAAUUAUAAGCAAUAGCAAUAUAACCAUCCAUGUUAAAAAUCUUAUUACUCAUGUUUACAUUUGAAAUGCUUUUGAUAAGUAGUUUUAUACAAAAAAGUUCGUCCUCCCAAUAAAAUAUACGACUUUUAUUUCCUCUUUUUCGUAAAAAAAAUUCUUCAUCGACUUAUACAAUUGUAUUUGUGAAUUUUAUACAGACUUAAAACGCACAAAUUUUGCAACAAAUACCAGAUAACCUAGUUGUUUUAAUGAAAGAUAAGGUACUUACAUAAUUUAUUUAUACCAAUUUCGACUCUUAUUGCGUGCAUGUUUUUCUUGCCAAACUCAUACGUGGUUUUGCAAAUAGGACUACAGAUUACACAUGCUCAUUACUAGCAUAAAGCAUGUCAUCAUUGAGCAAUUGCUACUUAGUAGCAUGUGUGUCGAAACAUUGUUAAUAUUAAGCAUGCUCAUUUCAAUUUGUUCGAGCACGCUCGUUUUAAGCAUGCUAAUAAGGAUGACAUUUUAUGAGCAUUUGUAAAACCCGGUCGAGUUAACUUUAACUGCGCACCUGAUAACCGUGACGUCACGUCUCUGGGGCGAACGCGGAAAGAUGUACGAGGGAGAGUCGCAUUCCAACAAGGUACGCAGUUAACUCGACCGCGUUGUAACUGUACCUUAAUAUUAUUUUAUUCUGGAACGCUUUUAUUUAGCGCUGGUCGGUUUUAUAGUCUAGUCAGUGUUUGAUUGGUGGCCACUUUAACGUUUUAAUAUAUUUUGUGUUACAUAAUAUUAUAUUACUUUACUUCAUUGACUUCAUUGAGACUAAAGGCCACACUAAAAGCUCUUUAAAAGGCGUAUAUUUUAGCUCGUUUUUCCGUAAGUUUUUACAUGAAACAUUCGAGCAUGCCAUGGUCUCUAUGACUCUAGGACUCUUACCUUAACGUCAACAGAUCAAAAUUUUUAUUUAUAUUUAUUAAAACCUUACCGUGGCCACCAAAAGAUCUCGUACCAAACGAUUUUCUAUUUUAAAAUUCAUUGACACAAAUCGAUGACAAUGAAAAGUUUCAUUUGUUUAUGUGCUACUUCAUUAAAAGUCAGCCUUCAUUUGGUGUUGUAAAUAAAUGAAUUUUAUUAAAACCACAAACUCCUUUGGUCCGAGACCUGCUUGCCCAUGGUUUGGUAUUCACGAGGGAUUGUU